UUCUACCUCCUCUGACAUAAGCCAUUCUCUCAACUCUUACAGAUGUUGCCAACGCAGAUCCUGGCUACCGUACAGAUUUAACACACUGAAAACAUGCUGUGAUCUUCACUAACGACUACGAGAGAAAGCGACUUGUAACUGGUCCCAAGACAACUUAAUCAGGAUUACGUCUUCUAGGAAAUAAGGAGAUAUGAACAAUUCAAACGCACUUUAGAUAUCCCUGCAACGUACUUCCAUUUCCAGAAAUGUAUCCUUAUCAUCGGGAAAUCACAGCACUUCUAUCAAUUCUCUUCAGCAUUAUGCAUUUUUCCUUUGUAAAAUCUGAUGGCGAAAUUCUUCCUCCAACUAUUCAAAAGUUAAUGAAAGGAUACAACAAGUACCUGCGCCCAUUCUUUGAUAAUGGGCCUGUGACGGUGGGAAUGAGCUUGGACAUUGCCAGUAUUGACACAAUAUCAGAGAUAAACAUGGAUUAUACAGCUACCAUAUUUUUGAGGCAGCGCUGGACCGAUGAGAGACUUUGCUUUGAAGGCAACAAGAGUUUAAGUUUAGAUGGACGGCUCGUGGAGUUGCUUUGGGUUCCAGACACGUUUAUUGUCGAUUCAAAAAAGUCAUUUCUUCAUGAUAUCACUGUUGAAAAUCGUCUAAUAAGGAUUUAUCCAAAUGGAACAGUACUUUAUGCACUGAGGAUUACUACAACGGUUGCAUGCAGCAUGGAUUUAACAAAGUAUCCGAUGGAUAAACAGACCUGCACCUUGCAGCUGGAAAGCUGGGGGUACAAUAUCAACGAUGUCAUGUUCUACUGGACAAGAGGAAAUGAUUCAGUUCGUGGACUUAACACAUUACGCCUGGCACAAUAUACGGUUGAAGAUCAUUACACAUCUGUAUCUGAAGCAGUAUAUGAGACAGGACGCUAUCCAAAGUUAAUCUUUCACUUUGACCUCAAAAGAAACAUUUUGUAUUUCAUACUGGAAACAUACGUCCCCUCAAUUCUGCUGGUUGUGCUUUCAUGGGUGUCCUUCUGGAUCAGUCAGUCUUCUGUACCUGCUAGAAUAUGUAUUGGUGUUACAACCGUGCUCACCAUGACAACGCUAAUGAUGGGCGCGCGGACAUCUCUUCCAAAUGCCAACUGCUUUAUAAAGGCAAUUGAUGUUUACCUAGGAAUCUGCUUCAGUUUUAUAUUUGGGGCACUUUUGGAAUACGCCAUUGCCCAUUUUUGUACUCUUCGUCUACCAAAUCAAAAGAACUCAACACAGGAUAUGGAUGAUGGUGAUAUCGAUAUGAAUGGAUCCAUUGUUGCAGUCUCCAGUGAAGCGAACAACCAAACACAAGUUACUAACAGAGAAAAGAAAGACAAUGGACGGAACAAUAGUGCAUUUCUUAAAGCCAAGAAGAGACUCCUAUGCAUUUUUUACUGCUUACGAGUUGAAAAUCCUCAUCAUAUAGAUAAUUAUUCAAGACUAUCUUUUCCUUUAUCAUUUAUGGUGGUAAAUGUACUGUACUGGGUGUAUUAUCUGUAUUUCUAAAUUUCCAACCUCACCUACUCGUACAGCUCUUGUAUAUAUUGGGGCUAUGUGCAAACGUAUGACAAUACUUUAGAGUUAAACAAUCUUCAUAAUCUUUUUUUUUUUUUUUUGCUAUUGUUGUUGCUUUCUUAGUAGAUUAAAAACUGUAUU